AUGUUGUGGCGAGCUUCUCUUAUACUCUUCAUUAUGAGUUCCGUGUGCGAUGCUAUCGUCAGCAUAUACCCAUUUGACGCACCGUAUUCGGACGUUAAGCGUAAGUUGAAUCACAAAACCCUACGCCGCAAAAGACCAUAUGGCUGGCAGUUGGGUUUGAUAGACCGAUGUCAAGUUCACAAACUGGACCGAGGAACUGUGACUAUGAAGAUUGAACUAUUCUUCCAUAAACUCCCGCAUCUCCUGCACACUUUGCCUACUGACCUCCAGUCGUGGGCCCUCAACUGGCUGUUCUGGGUCAGUAAAGAACCCUGCCUUACAAUUGUCGACGUACCUGGCCGGGUGCUUUUUGACAGUGUACAGCUCCCACGCGAUCAGUGCGAUUUUUGUUCAGCUUCUGCAUCAUUGGUAUUUGAAAUUGUUUGCGUUAGCUCAAGAAAGAUAUUUCUCCGAAAAUCUUCAAACCGAAGACACUCUGUGUUAAAUUUAAGCAUUAUUAAACACGAAGCAUCCAAAAAGGACGUUUAA